AUGGUGUCACGGAGUUUAACAGAAGUGUUUGUGUUGAUGCGCAAUAAUGCAAUACACAGCCGGCAAUUAUUUUCAGAACAGGGAAACGAUUCAGAGAGAGUUAGGCUAACAAGAUCUAACACACAUGACUUAGAAAUUGGGUUAGAUAGGUCUGAAGUCACACCGCCACCCUGGAGUGAUUGCUUGGAAGAAGCACACUAUAUUAUUACUAGACUAAGAACUAAACUAUCAGAGCUUCAAACACACCAAGAACGUCAAAUAAAAAGGCCUGCGUUAGAUGACAGUGGAGACCAACAACAUAUAGACAGACUGUGUGCAGAGAUAGGGAAGCACUUCACUCAAGCCCAUGCGAGGUUGACAGCAAUAAAGGGUCAAAUUAGACAUGGUAACAAAACCGAACAAAAAUUAGCUUCCAAUGUAGUAUUAGCUUUAGUAUCCACUCUCCAAGACUUAAGUGUUACAUUCCGUACCUCCCAAUCUAACUACCUCAAGUCCAUCACAUCCAGAGAGGAAAGAUCAAAUGCAUACUUCGAUUUACCCAACUUUGAAGAGUUGAGUCUCCAAGAUGAACUGUUACCGGGAUUCACAAACAAUCAGACAGAUCUACUGUUCUCUCUACCGAGUACAAGUCAAAAUCUUGAUGAAGACUUGGAUGAUAUGUUUGAGAAGCCAACGAUGAUUCAUAAGCAACUAUUGAUUAUGCAAGAGGAAAAUACAAAAAUGAUACAAGAAAGGGACGAAGAAGUUAGCAAAAUAGUCAAGUCUAUAAGGGAUUUAAAUGAAAUUUUCAAAGAUUUAGGUAACAUGGUCCAUGAUCAAGGUACCAUAUUGGACCGGAUAGACUAUAAUAUAGAACAAACACAAUAUCAAGUGCAAGAAGGCUUCAAACAGUUACAGAAGGCGGAGAGAUAUCAAAGGAAAAACAGAAAAAUGCACUGCAUAAUAGUGUUGGCAGUCAUGAUAAUAAUUUUAUUUGGCUUAUUACUUAUAGUGAAAAGU